CUAUGGCUAUUAUUACACACCAAAACUCGGAAAUCAAAACAAGUAUGGAAUUUAUUUCGUCGAAAUAUGAUGACUAUGUUGAUCGUAUAUCGAUUUUGGAACAAGAGAACGCUGAUUAUAAAAAACAAAUCAUUAGUCUCGAAUCAAAAUUAGAGCAAAUAGAAAAAAACUCACGUACAUCAAUGCUCGAAAUCAGAAAUAUACCUAAACAACAACAUGAAAAUAAAGAAAUUCUACGCAAAAUUGUAAUGGAUAUUGGAAAAAAAAAAAUUUACACAUUGAGGACAGAGAAAUACGAGAAAUUACUAGAUUUAAACCCACAAAAGAAGCUUAGAAUAGUCCCGUUAUAGUGGAAUUUACGACGAAUUCUCUUAGAGAAAUGUUAAUAAAAAAAUGCAGAGAAUUUAAUAAAACCAAUAAAGAAAAGCUUAAUUCAAAGCAUUUAAACAUACCUGGGCAGGCACAAGCAUUCUAUGUGGGCGAAGUAUUGACAAUUAAAGCCAAAAAACUCCACUACCUAGCUCGUCAGUUAAUCAAAGACAAGAUUGCAAGCAGCUGUUGGACAAAUUAUGGUCACAUCUUUGUAAAAAUUACUGAAAAUUCUAAACCUACAUAUACGCAUUGACUCGGAAGAUGAUAUAAUGAAAAUACGAAAUAGGUCUAUCUGACCGUUUAUGAGUUACUGCAAUCUAUUGUUAAUUACCUACCAAACUAACUCAAAUUAUUAUUUGAGACAUUCAAAAUUAUUUAAAGUUGGGAUACCUGCAUGUUUAUAUAUUUAUUGUGAGUUAAAUUUUUGUUUAGGAAAAAAAUCUUUAGUAUUAAGCUGCCUUAUUAAAAAAAUGAUAAUAAAAAUAAAUAGUAAUAUUAUAAUUGCACUCAUCGGUGAUCUCCUGCUCUUAUUUAUACAUUCCAAUUAUUUAAUGAACAUCUGCCUAUUACAUUCAAUGUACCAUGACUUUAUAUAUGUAAAAAAUAUAGAACAUAACAGACAUGCUCACUGCCCGCGCAGGCCCGUACUAUAUGAGGUAUAUGAAAUAUUAAAUUUAAUUUAUAA